AUGUCUUACCAAGGCUACUGCAAUUGCCAGAGUAUUCGCAUCACUCUCGCCCAGCAACCUCCCAACACGGUUGUUUGCCAUUGCGAUUGUUGCAAGCGAUCCGGUGGUAGUGGUAAGUGGUCAUGCUAUCUCGAGCAAAUCACGUACCUUUGGCUGAUAUCCAACUUAGCAUUUUCUCUCAACUACCUCGUUGAUGCGGAUGCUAUGACUGUUGAGGAUCCCAAUGCGACAUUGAAGGUGUACGACGACAAAAAGUCUGCCAGUGGAAAUAUUGUGAAGCGUCAUUUCUGUUCUAACUGUGGAAGUGCGGUGUUUACUAAGACACCUAAGCUCCCCGGAAAAGCGUUUUUGAAGGCUUCCUUGUUCGAGACGGUCUCCCCUCCUACCGCCGAGGUAUUUGACCAGAAACAAUUCCCAUGGGUAACUAUCCAAAAACCCGCAGAAAAAUAG